CGGCAUCGCAUCUUCCUCGCGUGCCCAUUCGUUGAUCCCAUCGUCUUCUUCCGCCUUCCCCGAUCCCCUCCCCUCCCCCUCCCCCUCCCCGAUCCGGUUCCCCGCCGCAGCCGCCGGCCAUGUCCAAGUACGGCACCAUCCCCACCUCCUCCUCCGCGGGCGGCGGGGCGCCCCUCGGGGGCGCCUCCCCGCUCGACUUCAUCUCCCGCGCCAAGGCCCGGGGCGCCUCGGCGCUGGCCACGCGCCGGCCCUGGCGCGAGCUCGGGGACGUCCACGCCAUCGGCCUGCCCCCGAGCCUCGGCGACGCCUACCUCCGCGUGCGCGCCAACCUCGCCCACUUCGCCAUGAACUACGCCAUCGUCGUCCUCGUCGUCGUCUUCCUCUCCCUGCUCUGGCACCCCGUCUCCCUCAUCGUCUUCCUCGUCUGCAUGCUCGCCUGGCUCGUCCUCUACUUCCUCCGCGACGAGCCGCUCGUCCUCUUCGGACGCGUCGUCGCCGACGGCUACGUCCUCGCCGUGCUCGCCGUCGUCACGCUCGGCCUGUUGCUGUUCACCGGCGCCACCGCCAACAUCCUCUCCUCGCUGCUCAUCGGCCUCGUGCUCGUCGUCCUGCACGCCGCGCUGCACAAGGCGGAGGACAACGCCGACGACGAGGUCGGCCGCUGGUACGCGCCGGUGCCUCAGCAGCCGUCUCACUAGGAGCUGAUUGUGUCAUUCUGCCCUGUGUUGUGAUCCUGCCGCCUGUUUCAAAAAGCAUUCCUCCCGAGCCAUGCAAAUUGGGCCAUCCCCCAUCCGUGAUGAAGAAUGUCCAUGGUUCGCCUGCCGCUGGUUACAUUGGAAGUUUUGGAUCCAGCUGUGAUGCAGAGUUGUAAAACCUGUUCUCCACGCCCACUUUUGUGACCUCGGUUCAAAGCUUCUCUUUGUUCCCAUGUACCAAUUCCGGACUAAAGUCUAGUGUACAUUUUGAGUUCGAGAAAUGUGAUGGCCGGGACCUGUGUUUUUAUGUUGUUACGGUCACCAUGUAGGCGAUGCUGAUAUUCAAACAUGGCUUCGUUUUGUGCCAUACCGUAUUUUUAGCAUGGAUGGGAUUGUCAAUA